GAAGAUAACAUAUUAUAUCGCGUUGAUAGUGUAAUCAACACACAUAUGUUUAGCUUAACGACUUACGACAGAAAUAUCAGGAGAAUUGAACCAUCCAUAUUGACAAUUAAUAACUGGCAGCUCUUAUGCUGUGAUUUAACAACCAAAGAUAUUGAUCGCAAUGCUUACAGAUGUAGAAACAAAACAACCAAACUUGCCAUCAAAAAAAGAAGACGUCGUAUGGGAGAACGAGUCAGCUUGCGGUACCGUUAAAGAGAUCUCAAUGCUACCAUGGGAACGUGUUAUGUACAAGCGCCAGGCUUAUCCGCCUAAUUACGUGAGCAGUGAUUUUUUACGAGGACUGAGCGAGAAUGGGUCUAAUUGCUAUACCCUGUGGGAUCUAUGCCCAAAGACCAUGAUGUUAACGCAGCAUUGCAGCACUAUGCUGCUUAUGGCACGCAUGUUCCUGCUCAUCAAGGAUGACGUCAUACCCCUGGAGUAUGUAGAGGGCGCAGCAGUACUGGCUAUUAUUAGUUUUUGUAUUGUGAUGUACCUGACUAAGGCUACCCUAACUGAUCGAUUUCAACAUAUCAGAUUUGCAUUUAUAGUCCACUUCACAUUGCAGAUACUUCAACCGGUGUUACAGACAUUGACCUCCUCCUUCACAUAUGACACCAUAUACGCCUUAGCCAUUAUGGUAUCGUUGAUCAGCAUUUUUACGCAAGACUAUGGAAUUACGGGAAAUGAGGAAAUAUAUGUAAAGAGUGCCGACACACUACCAAUGAACUGUCUCAUAGUAGUUGCCAUUUUGAUUUCCUCUCGUUUCGGAUGUUCGCAGAAGGCAACCGCGUACAUGCAACUCUACGUGAUGACAUUCAUGAUGCUGCCCUUGCUUCAAAGAUUCAUGAUGACACACAAUCACACCAAACUUGUUUAUUUGAUGACUCUGGGCAUUAUUAUAUUGACAUCAUGGUGCCUUUACUGCUAUCAUAUCGCACUGGUUCCCGUAUACAUGUUAGGGAAUAUCAUCGUAAAUGUAAUAGGCCCUCUUGUGUAUAUAUAUGCCCAGAAAUACAAACGGAAUGUAUCUGGACCAUGGAAUCCCGACCAAGUCCCACAUAAUAGAAACUGUAACUAAACAC